AUGUCCGUGCUACCGCUAGGAGGAUUCAUAUACGCGGCUGUUAAGCCUAUCAUCAGGAUAUACCUGCUGAUGGCCACCGGAUAUUUUCUCGCUAAAUAUGAUUUGAUGAGUGUCGAGUCGGCUAGAGCCGUUUCAGAUUUGAUUUUGAUGGUUUUUAUGCCUGCUCUGACAUUUGCCAAGGUUGUAACCAACCUAGACAUCCGGGAUAUUAAGACAAUAGGAGUCAUCAUCCUCACGGCUGUACUGAUGUACAGUGCAAGUGCUGCGUUUGCCUUUGUGAACGUGUUUUUUUUGACGCCGGUUCCAAAAAGAUGGCGGGGAGGCGCACUUUCUGCUGGGAUCAUGCAAAAUGCGGGCGAUUUGCCUAUUGCCUACCUGCAAAACAUUGCAGGUGGAUUAAUUUUCACUGAGGACGAGGGUGAUAAAGGAGUGGCAUAUGUCAUUAUCUUCCUGGCUGUCUAUGUUGUGGUACAAUUUAAUUGUGGGUUGUUCCAGUUGGUUGAGUACGAUUUCAAGAAGGAAGCUGAGGAUUUGGAACGUGAGGCAGCUGAAAGUGCUAGAGCCCAUGAAAAAGAGUUGCAAGAGGAGAAAUCGACUCCCCAUCUCCAGACACCCCCAACCCCACAUAACGAGGCAUUGGAUGCAACAGGGGUCCCCAUAUCGCCAACCUCGACGCUUUCCUCGAACGGGGAUGAUGAUGAUGACAGUAUGAGCAUUCAGACCUCGGAGCUGGAUCCGAGACCCUUGCACAGCAACGAAUUGGUUGCCCGAAAAUUGCACUCCAAUGUAUCCACAGCGACUUCAAGAGUGCCUUCGGCCAGAGGGAGACCCAGUGCCGAUUCUUACUCUAACAAUAGGGCAUUCUCUCCAGGCGGAAUUUCCAGCGGAACUGUGGGCAGGUCCGCUCAAAGCAUCUCCCAUCGCAGGCCUUCGGUUUCAUCCACCUUCCUGUCUGCGGUGAUGAGCAACACAUCUAGAAGAACCGGCACCAGCAUGGACGAUCGCCAUUCGCAGUUCAACGACGACGAUGAUUUGGUGCGUGAAUAUUCACGUGCUGAACCAUUCAACCAAAAUAUCACCACCAUCGCCUCGAUGGUGACCCAAUCCAAUCUCACAAAAAAAGACAUCUUGGAGUCUGGAAAAUCCAUAUCCUUUGUCCAGAAAUAUCAUCUCCACGCAUUAGUGUUUGUUUUGAAGAACUUUCAAACGCCCAAUUCUAUCGCAUUGGUUUCCUCGCUGAUUAUCGCACUUAUUCCCUGGCUCAAGGCUCUUUUCGUGAAUACUGGCUCGGUCACCUUAUCACAGGCACCUGACGACAAUCCUGCAUUAUCGUUUAUUCUGGACUAUGCCACAUAUGCAUCUGCACCCUGUGUGCCUCUGGGGCUGAUAAUGCUGGGUGCCACCAUUGCGAGACUCAAAAUCAAGUCCAUUCCAAAAGGAUUUUGGAAGUGCCUUACUGCCCAUACUCUGUUCAGGCUGUGCGUUCUUCCAAUCAUAGGAAUAGCUUGGGUAGGAAAACUUUCCCGAAUGAAAUGGAUCACCGACGAUAUUUCGAAGUUUGUGUCUAUGCUUCAAUUUGGAUUGCCCAGUGCUACGGUCCAGGUCUAUCUGACUGCAUCCAACAUGAGGGCCGAUAGCCCCAGUCAUCUGCAGAUGGAUUGUCUUGCGCUCUACAUCAUUGCUCAAUACUCAAUGCUUGUGGUGAGCAUGCCAAUUCUCGUGACCUAUGUGCUCAAAGAUGUUCUUCACAAGUAA